UUGCGGAAACCAACGCUCAUUUCUGGACUAUCCAGAGAAACACAAUAUUAGAUUUAGUAUUCUGUUUCAAUUUCAACUCAACUUCCAGAAACACUCAUAAGAAAAUAAUAAAACCUGUCAUGAAAGCUUAGAGAACUUUAACACUUUUUUUCGCUUUAGAGGUUAGUUUUCCUUUAAGUUUUUAGUUCAAUUUUAGUGCAUGACGAGGGAGAAAUCGCUUUUUUAAUGAAACUGUAAUUGACCUCAUCUUGUGUGUUUUUGACCUCGAUUUACUUUCUAUACAGAUUUUUUGAGAGAACUGGGCGUAGUGGAAAAACAGCAUCCAUGCUGGACUACCCAGGAGUGGUAAGAAGAUUUGGUACCGGUGCAACACACGCCAUCGCUUGCAAUUCAGAUCAAGAGGUUGUUUCUCAUGCAGUAAGAUUAAUGGAAGCUUCAGAUAUUGUGUGGGCCCAUCUUCACGAAGUUGAAAUGUUCCCAAGAGAUUUAGAGGGGCAGUCUAGCCUUGAAGAAGAUAAACGGCGAUCUUUCAUGGAUGUGCUUCUAUCAGUGGACUGGAGAAUCAAGCAAAUCCACGAUGCAGUACCGAGUCAAAGCUUGAUGCUGGUUAUACUUGGUUGUGGUGAUCUGUCACUCGUUAAAAGACUUCAGAGACAGAUGAAAGAAAACACACCCGAACUAAAGAAAGCUGUGAAGACUGCCAAAAAGGGAAUUUGUUUUUUGAAAAUUACAUAGCAGUUUCUAUUCAAGAUUGACAGCUGACAAUUAAUCUGAAAGGAAGUGGUGUCUCUCUGAAAAGAGACGAGAAUGACCCGUCCCCAAAAUUACAGAACCUUGGAAUACAUGGACCUGGAAGGCUGCUGAGGACAAGUAAAGGAAAACAAGAAAAAUUAUUGUGGCUUUCAAAGACUGGAAUUGGAUCACUCCACUACUGAUGAAAUGACAGCGUUUUGUUCAAACUGGACUAAAUUUCAACCAGAAACGAGAAAUAGACUCGUCCGCAUUUUGACUUUGAUUU